UCUGAUUUCAGACUCACUUAAGACUGUCAGCAGCAAUAACACAUUGUAAAUCUUAAGCUCAUGUCUCGAAGUAAAACAUAACACACCUUCUAACACGCUGUGGCUCCACCCACUCACUUUCUAUUUCUCGGGAGAAUUUUUGUUUCUAUUUUGUUAUCUCCACGGCUCCAUUCUGACCACUGUUCUUCCCCUAUCAUCGUUGUGCCACCACCCUGAUUUGCAGACCGCGUCUCCGCUGCCCAUCUGAGGUGCGGGGUGUUCGGACCCUCCCCGGGACGCUGCUGCUGCCAUUGGCUCCCGCUGCAUCCGUCCCCUCUCAGCCAGCCAGUCCCAACCCGCGGGCAGAGCCGGCACUUCACAGCCUGCCUGAACAACUUCACAGACACGCGUUUAACUUAGCGGGGCAGUCAGAGCAAUAAAGUUUUAUUUACGGCGGUUUUCGGGGAGAGAGCACUUUCCCAGGUAAAAAAAAUCUCACGGAUCACACAAUUAGAACAGCACAAUAAAAUAAAGUAAAGCCUUUACCAAAAUUCAUAAUGAUUUGCACUGGAGCCCAGUUUUGGAGGACAGUUUCCCAGAGAAGAUGCUACAAACUCCAUAAAAGUUUUUAUCUCUGAAGUUUAACUUUGUAAACAGAUCUGCCAGUUAGAAAAUAAUUCUGUUCCGGUCGUCUGUUUCUCAUCUCUUCAUUUACAAUCCCGGAUGAAGAUUUUUUUGACAGCACAUCCAGAAAGAACAUAGGUCAGGCGUCCGCCGAGACGAAACAAUCUUUGCACGUUCGGAAACAAGGACGACCCUAACCCCGCGCUCCGGGCGGGUCCCGCGGCGGGGCAGGGCACGGAGAGGGACGGUCCCUGUCAGCGGGGCUCUGCCGCCCAGGAAAGGCUCCGGACGCUCUCGGAGUGUCUUGCUCAGGACGCCUUGCGGUUUAGUUCCUCGCCGGGAUGCGAACGAGGCGGCUGAAGAAGACAGCGGAGCCUGGACCCUUCUGAAAGGGGGACCCAUGGCGUCCCAUCGCUCGGUGCGAUCUCCGGCGGGAGAGGCGCGGGGUUCACGGCCGCUUGGAGACGGCGGCCGGCCUUUGCCCCGACAGCAGCCGGCUUCCUUCCAGCCCGCCUCGCCCAGCUGCACCGCGGAAAGCCCCACGGGCCCUCAGCCCGGCUUUGCACGACGCCCCGGUCCGAGCUGCUCCGCGGGAGCUCUGGAGCCCCGCCCUGCCUCAGCCCCGCGCGGCGCUCCUACCUACGGGGUGCGGUGCGGUGAUGCGCGGUACCGCGCGGUGCGGUGCGGUGAUGCGCGGUACCGCGCGGUGCGGUGCGGUGCGGUGCGGUGCGGUGAUGCGCGGUACCGCGCGGUGCGGUGCGGGCGGCUGCCGGACCCCUGCUCCCGCGCCCGCGCCCGCGCCGCCCCACAAAAGCGGCGGCGGCGGGCGGCGGCACGCGGACUGCGCGGCCAUUGGCGGCGGCGGCGCGCGGCGGGCGCCGGUUGGGCCGGGCGCGGCGGAGGCGGGCGCGGGGCGCUGACGCCAGCGCGGGGCCGGUGGGGAGGCGGGGCCGCGCCCCGCGCCGUCUUUGUGCUCGCCGGCAGCCCCGGCAGCGCCGCCGCUUCCCGCCGCCUCCCUCAGCCCCGCUCGGCGCGGCGGGCGGCUCCGCUCCGACCCGCUCGGCCCCGCUCCGCACCGCAGCGCUCCGCGCCGCGCUAUGUGUGCCGGCGCUCCCGUGCCUCCUCGCGGCCGCUUCCCACCCGGCGGGGCGCGCUCGGCCCCGCUCUGAGCGCGGCGGGGCAGGGCAGCGAGCGGAGCGGAGCCCGGACGGUGCCGCCCGGCGCGGAGCGAAGGGAGCGCGGCGCCAUGCGGGGCCCGGGGCUGGGGCUGGGGCUGGGGCUGCUGCUGGGCGCGGCGUGGUUGGCGUGCGGGCAGAACGAGACGGAGCCCAUCGUGCUGGAGGGCAAGUGCCUCGUGGUGUGCGACUCCAACCCCACCUCCGACCCCACCGGCACGGCGCUCGGCAUCUCCGUGCGCUCCGGCAGCGCCAAGGUCGCCUUCUCCGCCAUCCGUAGCACCAACCACGAGCCCUCCGAGAUGAGCAACCGCACCAUGAUCAUCUACUUCGACCAGGUACUAGUGAAUAUCGGCAGCAACUUCGACUCGGAGCGGAGCACUUUCAUCGCGCCCAGGAAAGGGAUUUACAGUUUCAAUUUUCACGUGGUGAAAGUGUACAACAGGCAAACCAUCCAGGUGAGUUUGAUGCUAAAUGGGUGGCCAGUGAUUUCUGCCUUUGCAGGGGACCAAGAUGUGACCCGAGAAGCUGCUAGCAAUGGAGUCCUGAUUCAGAUGGAGAAAGGAGACAGAGCUUAUCUAAAACUGGAGAGAGGAAACUUGAUGGGAGGCUGGAAGUAUUCAACAUUCUCUGGAUUUCUAGUGUUCCCGCUUUAAAUCACUUCUCAUCCAAGAAAAGGGAGAAAUCUCUUACAAAUUCCCAAGUCAGAGCUGGGUUUGAAGAGUCAUGGACAGCAGACUUUUUACAUUCAAAUAUUAAAGAAGCUUAAUCCUGCUUAGGUUUGUGUACACCUGCUUUGAAGAAUUACUACUUAUUUUUGUUGUGUUGCAGCCAACAGGCGGGAGACACUAUAAUUGAUCAAACCCCCAUUUAUAUUCUUCUCUCUCCUCCCACAAAAUUAGUUCCCAUCUCUGUGUCAUUGGUGUAAUCUGCCAUUGUUCCCCCAUGGCUUCUGCCUCACACAAGUAGACUUUAGAUAUUUUCAUUGUCCUUUACAGCAUAUUUUGUAGUUUUGUUUUUAAAACAUGUUAAUCUUGACUCUUUCUCUGAGUUUAACUUUUAAAAAGGAAAAAAAAGCAAAGUAUUUUUUUGAAUACAUGGAUGCCAUGAUGGAAGGGAAAAUGCAAUUCUUGCUGUGUACUGGCUGGCAAAAGGAAAAAUUUCUACGUGAAGAACUAUCCACAGCCAAGGCUGACUAGAGUAUUUCAAUAUUUCUAUGUAAUUCUGAGUGAUUGUGAAAUUUAAGGCUGCUAAAUGUUUUGAUGCUUGUUUUGCUCUUGUACAACGUGGCCCAACUAAACGCCAGGAACUAUAUUGAACUUUUACUAUUACUCUGUAAUAUAUGUGUGAAUAUGGAAAAUUAAUUUUUGCUUUAAUUCAAUAAAGUUUAAAUGGGACUUUUAUUUUUCUUAACCAGAAAUAA